AUGGCGGAAGCACCAAUUAUGAACGGCAACUUUUGCCACGACAAUAAUACCUUUACCGGGCAAUCCAGCGUAAUGAAGAUGUUCUCAUUGAAAGGCAAAACGGCUGUCGUCACUGGAGCAGCUUCCGGCAUUGGACUUAGUGUCGCACAUGCUCUCGCAGAAGCCGGCGCAGACGUUGCUAUUUGGUACAACACAAACGAGAAGGCAAUUGAAGAAGCCACGCAAAUCGAGGAGAAGUAUGGCAUCCAAUGUCGAGCAUACCAAGUCAAUAUCAAGGAUAAUCGCAGCGUGGAAGAGACGCUAGAUCUAUGUGUACGCGAAUUUAAAGGUCGUCUGGAUAUCUUUAUCGCAAAUUCUGGAAUCCCAUGGACCAAGGGGCCUAUGGUGGACGCUCCUCUUGACCACUAUGCGAAUGUGACUCAGACGGAUCUGGAUGGGACUUUCUAUUGUGCAAGGGCUGCUGCUACUCACUGGAAGCGACAAAAGACCGAAAACACGGAUAUUUUCGGAAACCCACUCAUUGGCUUCACGUACGGCAGCUUCGUGGCUACUGCCUCCAUGAGCGGUCAUAUUGUCAAUGUUCCUCAACUUCAGGCUGCAUACAAUGCAGCUAAAGCCGGAGUCAUCCAUCUUUGCAAGUCUCUUGCAGUCGAAUGGGUCCGAUUUGCCCGCGCUAACACCGUUUCUCCGGGCUACAUCGCGACCGAGAUUUCCACGUUUGUCCCUAAUGAGACUAAAAGUCUCUGGAAGGAUAAAAUCCCAAUGGGCCGAGAAGGCCUGCCUCAGGAACUCAUGGGAGCCUACUUAUAUCUUGCUUCCUCUGCCUCGAGCUACACAACUGGCGCCGAUCUCAUCGUUGAUGGAGGUUAUACCCUGCCAUAG